AUGCAACAAGAAAUUAUAUUUCUUGUUGCAAAAUAUUACCUUAGAGCAACUAUGAUUCAACAUAUCUUGAAGAAAAAGUUUUUACUUCAUUCACUGUUCUUUAAGAAUUUGCCAAAUGUUUUAUGUUUUUUAGUAAAGCAGACAAAAAAAAGUUUAUAUUAUACUUUUAUCCAAUCUUUAAUUGAAGAAGUUGAAUCACUUGCUGAUAAUGAAUCUACUUUAAAUGAAGAUCUUGAAGAUAAACUUGAUAAUAUCACUUUAUAUACUAAAUACCUUUUAGAAAAUUUGAACCAAAGUGCAAUUAAUAAGCU